AUGGAGAAUAAAGGUUGCUAUUCGUUUGUCUGGCUGCUGGUGAUCGGAGUGUGUUUAGUAUUUCUGGUUCGACAUACGACCUACCCGAAUGCGGUUCUUCCUGCCAUGGGGAAGUUUAUGGCAGGUCCGCGACUGUUGCAGGUGGUCCGUGAGGCGAAAGAUCGACCAACGCCCUUACAGUUGGCAGAGUUUCAUGAUGGUGCCGAGUGUGAUCGUAUCUGUCCGGAACAGGAAGCUCCUCGGGUGUGUUAUUUUCGGUGGAUCGCCGAACAAUAUGCAGCGAUGGGAUCCGCUUGUGGUGACUGUCGUUGGGGCAAUCGAAGUCACUGCUUUCAUCCGCAGUGCAUUACGGCGGACGGUAUGGAGCGUGGAGUCUUGGCACUUAACCGACAAAUCCCAGGACCGUCCAUACACGUCUGCCGGCACGAUAUGGUUGUGGUGGAUCUCAUCAACCAUAUGGAAGGUCUUGAAACAACGAUCCAUUGGCAUGGAGCACAUCAGUACGAUACGCCGUGGAUGGAUGGUGUGCCCAUGAUCACACAGUGCCCGAUCCCACACGGUACCGGCUUUCGGUACGCGUUUAAUGCAUCCGAACCGGGCACACAGUUCUACCACUCACAUUCGGGCCAUCAAAAGGCAAACGGGCACUACGGACUGUUUGUGGUUCGAUCGCCAACCGACAUCAAUCGCGAUCUGUACGAUUACGAUCUCAGCGAGCAUCAUAUCGUGAUAUCGGACUGGACGCUCGAUCUGGUGGAGAAGUUUGUGCCGGGACUUCAGAGCAGUACGGUGCGGAUGGAUUCAAUUCUUAUAAACGGUCGUGGAAGGCAUUUUGAUGAGGAGGAACACGAACUUCAAGUGCAAGCACCGUUGACAGUGUACCGGGUGAAGAAAGGUUUUCGGUAUCGCUUUCGGUUGAUUAGCAGUGGAAGCCAAUUCUGUCCUUUCCAGUUGCAGAUUGAAAACCAUCGAAUGCAGCUAAUUGCCACCGAUGGAGGCGCCGUGCAGCCCACCAUGGUCGACACACUCAUCUCCACCUCGGGCGAACGGUACGACUUUGUUCUGUCCGCAAAUCAGAAACCAGGUAACUACUGGGUGCGAGUCCGUGCCAUCGGCUUUUGUAACGUCGAGCGACGGGAAGAGUUUGCCGUCCUGUCGUACAUCGAUGAAGUGGACACCGUACCGGAAGAGGUACUGGCCUACCCGAACCGCACGCCACCCACCUGGGAUGAGCGAUUCCCGACGGGCACGGUGCUCAACAACCCGAACGCCACGUGCUACGUGCCGGACGAUGGCGAUCUGUGUGUGGCCGAUCUGGAAUCGCACGAAGUCUACCGGGACGAUGCACUGAUCGAUGCGGCCCCGGACAAAUACUUCCGCAUCCUGUUCAACACGUUCACGGCCGACCCGUCCGUCCUGUUUUCCGAUCACGGUUACGUCCGCUACAUGACCGUAGUACUCACGCUCAACAACAUUGGCGUCACGAACAACAUCAGCAUGGUGUUCCCGGACUUUCCGCUGCUCACGCAACCGGAACUGAUUGGCGGCGACGGGAUGUUCUGCAACGACACGCACCGGCCGGAGCGCUGCAAACCGCACCAUGCCUGCUUCUGUCUGCACCGGCUAAAGGUGGCCCUCAAUGACGUGGUCGAGAUGUCGCUGAUCGACGACGCGGAAGUGGUGCGCGAUCUGUACCAUCCGUUUCAUCUGCACGGGCACCGGUUUAUCGUAACCGGCAUGGGGCAGCUGCCCGAAUUUCGGACGCAAAGCGAAAAGGUGGACUUUGUUGAGCGGAGUCGCCGAUAUGCACGCACCAUGCCCAGUGACCAUAACCCACCGUACAAGGAUACCGUAUCGGUGCCAUCGCGCGGCUACACUCGCAUACGCUUCCGGGCGGAUAAUCCAGGAUUUUGGUUGGUACACUGUCACUUCGAAUGGCAUCUCGGCAUCGGGAUGAGCUUUGUGCUGCAGGUCGGUGAGGUGGACGAAAUGAAACAGGCCCCGAGUGAUUUUCCACGGUGCGGCAGUUACAAACCGGACAUCUACUCCCCGCUCUAGUGGGU